CAGACUGCGCCGCUGACACGGACAGACAGCAGCACCGUCUACUAGUCUGACAAAUACCAGCCUAAUUAUUAUAAAUAAUAAUAUUGGACCGUAUCACAAACAGGCUCAAUUUCUUCAGUACAAAGUGAGGAGUCGUCAAAAAGCAGAAAUGAGUUCGCAAAUCCGACAAAACUUCCACCAGGACUGCGAGGCUGCCAUUAACCGACAGAUAAACCUGGAGCUGUACGCCUCUUAUGUUUAUCUCUCCAUGGCGUACUAUUUUGAAAGGGAUGACAAAUCCCUCCCAAAUUUUGCAAAGUUUUUUCACAAACAGUCCAAAGAGGAGCGUGAGCACGCAGAGAAGCUGAUGAGUCUGCAGAACAAGCGGGGAGGCAAAAUUUUUCUGCAGGAUGUCAGGAAACCUGAUAGGGACGAGUGGGGGAGCGGCCUGGAGGCUCUGGAGUGCGCCCUGCAGCUGGAGAAAAGCGUAAACCAAUCCCUGCUGGACCUGCAGAAAAUGGCGUCCGAGCACAAUGACCCUCAUAUGUGUGACUUCAUAGAAACACAUUACCUGGAUGAGCAGGUGAAAUCUAUCAAAGAGCUCGCCGACUGGAUCUCAAACCUGCGCCGUAUGGGAGCUCCGCAGAGUGGCCUGGCUGAGUACCUCUUUGACAAACACACCAUGGCUGAAGAAGGCAGCUAAACUAAGCUGUGAAACCAGCCUGACACCUGCUACAGAUGACAACAUAACACUGUUAUAUUUAUGUUUGUUAGCUGUUUUAAAAAGCCAUAGAUACUGUAGCUUUCUAAACUGGACUGCUGCAGAUAUCCCCGUAUUAUACUGACUGUUUUAAUGUUUAAAUAAAUAUUUGCUUCUCCUUGAGCAUUAAGUGUGAGUGGAGGCUGCAAUAUGUCAGUGUUUUAUAUUAAGUGGAAUUACAUUGAUUUGAAAAAUGAUCAUUCAGCUUUGAUUGUUUGUAAUUAUCUUAAUGGAAGGAAAAAAAAUAUACAUCUGUUAGAUAAAAUUAUUAUUUUCUGACUUCUUGAAUUUUUAUUUUAUUUGUUUGUGGAAUACUGGAGACUUUUGCUUCUCUUUAAGCAGCCCUAGGAGGAGCUAUUGCUUUUUAGUUUAAGUCCACAUAAAAGCCAUAACCUGCGAUCAGGGGUGCAAAGAAGACAUUUUUUACAUCGUUUUAAAGGUGGAGUGAAUCAUUCUCAUCCAAUACACUCUGUUGAGUUCUGUGAAUAUUUCCUGGCGGUCUGCUAGCCGUCCUGUGUUCAAAAUUUGUGUACUUAGCUCUGGCUUUGUACAUUUUCCAUACAACAGAGUGAAUUCAAACGAUUUUUAAAACACUGCUCCCCCUUUUUGUGCACUGUAGAGGAGAUGUGAGAAACAGCAUUACCCAGUUCUCACAUCACUAUUUCCCAGGCAAAAAGACUAGCAGGAAGCCAGUUUCAGCACCACAGGGCUCUGCUCCUGUGCUCAUGGCGCAGACUGAGAAUCCCAUCCUACUUGGCCUCUUCUGUGCAGCAACCACUGCAGCAGAUCAUCUAGCUCCACCAGGGAAGGGAUGGACUCUGCAGCCGACUCCAUGGUUCUACUAGCCGGUAAAAGCAAUAGCAACAGCUAACUCACUAGUUUUCACUCAAAUGAUGUUUUGUUUCCGUCAUAAGACAGAGAUGUCCAGAUUCUACACAUGACUUUUUUUGGUCAGCAAGGCCAGUUGUUAUUAUUAUUGAGGUGACAAUGUGGGUUUGUUAAUUUCGGGCAGAGGUCUCCGUAGGAACUCUGAAGGCUAAGUUCAGAUACCAACAAUUGUCCUCAGGAAUGGCUUUCUCCACCUUUAAGGAAUCACAGGCCAAAAACAUGGGACCACAACCACAGACCAAGAUAUUGUUGUUACGUUAUGUAUUGCUUGAAACACUGCAUUAGCAAUUGAGUUUUACUUCUUUAUUUGCUCAUUAUUAUUUACUGUUAAUUCUGGGACCACUGUAUAAAGCUGCUACCUACUUAUUUUUUACUUCUUUAUGUGUUGGACAUCACAAUCUAAGUUUGGUACACUGGCUGCAUACUUUUAAAGAAAAUCAUUGUUGAAUUGUUUGUGCACAUUUUAUGUCACGAACUAUUACAUCUGAUACACACUCAUGUAAACGGGGAGGUUAUAUGCAUUAAAAAUGUUUCUUCACAGCCGGUCAGAUUGCUUCUAUAGUAUUUGUAGUUUUGAAUUUAAGUCAAAAUGUCCAUACAAUGCACUCCUGUAAUCAGAAAAUAAAGUAGUAAUGUACAAAUA